AUGACGAGGCGGGCAGGCCACGGAGGAUUGGGCCCGCGCACUGGAGGGACCAUUGGGAUACGGUGGAUGUGCACGCGGGGGAAUCCCACGACCACGAGGUCUCGGGCAGGCGACACAUCUCCAUUUGGGAAAGGCGUCGGUGAAGAUGGUGAUGAAAUUUUGUUGCGCGUCGAAAAACCACGCGAACGAGACAAGGGCAAAAUGGGAAAUUUGGGCCCAGUUGAUGCCGCCGAUGUAGUGCUCGAUUGCGUCGUCGAGGGGGCGGGGAUGGUGCUUGGCAGCCGGCGGCGGCGGUGUGGUUGGUGGGUUUUGUGGAAAGUUUUGUUUUCAGGGAACAAGACACCUGGGGAGUUUGAUUUGUCGGUGGGGUGGUGGUGUUCUCACGUUUAUGAGGGGGAGUUAAUUUCUUCAAGAAUUGUCGUUAUUCAAGUUCAACUAUAG